CACACAGUGUACCUUAACACAGACACACACACAAUGUGCCUUCAUUGAGGAGAAGUCUCACACUGACACACACUGAGUGAUUAGCCUACACCUGAGAGCAGAGAUAUUUUACUUCAGAAAGAGGAGUCUUGCACACAGACCCUCUCUCACUCAUACAGUACCUGUGCCCAUCCUGAGAAGGGAUAUUGUACUCCAGAGAGAAGUGAGGAGGAAGGAGAAGMGGAGUUGAUGGAUGCCUUUUGUGAACUCAGUGGCCUGGAUCCUCUAUGGGACUGGAAUCGAACAUGGUACACAGACAAACCGGACCUGACAGAGUGCUUCCAGAACACGGUGCUGGUCUGGUUCCCGUGCAUCUACCUCUGGCUGUUGGCGCCCUUCUACGCCCUCAAACUCUACUGCCAUGACUGUGGACGCAUCCGAAUCUCCACUCUCUGCACCGCCAAGACGGUGCUGGGGUUCCUCCUGGCCUCAUUUGGCUUCGUGGAGUUCUUCUACAUUCUUCUGGAGAGGAGUCAUGAAAUCCAAAACCACAUGGUCUUCCUCUCAGUCCCAUCAUACGCAGCUUGA